CUUCCGCUCACCCAAUUACAACAUUACUACCCGAAGCGCUGCAUGCAACUAGGAGGAGUUCCCCUCGCUUGCGAUGAUACCGUUCUCGCUCCGCCAACAGUCACCACAUUGAUUAACGGUAGCGUCAUUGACGCCACAAAGAAGAGUGCUGCGAUCCUACUUGGUGUAAACAACCUGUUCAAGCCAAUUGUUGCUGGUCUCAACUCAGUGCUCUUGCUUGGCAACACAUAUAACUCGGGAAUCAACUUCAAUAACAUAUCAAGCAAGUCAGAUACCGGACGUUCUGUGACUGUCUCAUCGCCACGUAUGCUCUUGUUCUGCACCAAGCCAAGUCCUCCAAAGAUUCAGGAAGAAGAGCUGAAGCUUAAGGGACCCUCUCAAUCUGAUAGUGUGGCAGGCUCCGAUCUUCUUUCGGAAACCAUAUUGCAACGAUUCCCGCUUAAUCCCUCUAAUCUGCGAGUUCUCCCGAUAUCGGAGAAGGGGAAGCUUGGCUGGUGGGAUACGGACCAAUACGCUCCUAAAGCCACAGACAAGUACCUGUAA